GCAGUCCGUAAGGACAAUCAGAAUUUAUUGCAACGCAGUCUUCCAAGCAGAACAGACCCAAGGUCUUCCCAUUGCAGUAGCUAUCCGAUUUGGCAGUCGACCGUUAAGAGUUAUGCAGCAUCCGCAUCCCAGUGACCAGCCCACCUACAUGCCGGAGGUUCCGUUCCAGCCCCUUUGGGGUCAGGAAGCCCCACCGCCGCCCAUAGUGCCAUACCAGGAGCUCAUUGCCGGAUUUCCCUGCUCCGAUUUGUCUCUGUGGCAGCGCUCGCAAGUAACUCCCCUGGUGGCCCAGCGUCCGUCAACAAAUGGAAGGGCCAACGGCUCGUCCAGCUCCUCGAAGAAAACCCGUCGCCGAGUGGCCUCGAUGGCCCAAAGGAGAGCUGCAAAUAUCCGCGAACGCCGACGGAUGUUUAACCUGAACGAGGCGUUCGAUAAACUGCGCCGAAAAGUGCCCACCUUCGCCUACGAGAAGCGACUGUCCCGCAUCGAAACCCUUCGCCUGGCCAUCACCUACAUCGGAUUCAUGGCGGAGCUGCUCAGCGGCACGCCCUCGAAUUCCCACAAGUCCCGCUCGGACGUCUAUGGCAGCAUGAACGGACACCAUCAGGCGCCACCGCCGGCGAUCCAUCCUCACCACUUGCAUCCGGCGGCAGCCUAUCAACGCGACUUUGCGUCGCCCUACAAUCACAGUUUGACCUAGAAAGGUUAGUCGGGACACCAAAUAAUGUAAUACGGUUAUUAUAAUAUUAACUUCAAAUUGAUUUGGCAAUAUUGUUUUUCUGUGACUCAAAUAACCUACAAACUUCCAUAUUCCUUGUCAGAAAAAUUUAUGUUUAAUAAUUGUAAAUAUAA